UCUCAUGUGCCGACUGUGGCAUCUUGAUUCACUCGUCAGAAUCACCAUAAGUCAAAGGCCUUAGAAGGCAACGUGAAAACGCGUCGUUGAGAGAUGCAGUGCUGGUAGUUGGGCUAUAACCACUCCGAUUGGCUCCUUUUGGGCUUACCGCAUUGGGCGACCGUGCUUGGCUCGCCGUUCACUCACUCCCGCGUUGUCUCCGCAGUCCGCAAUCCAAUCAAUCCACCCCACGUCAUACCUCGCACCACGUCGCAACUCAUAUCAUUCGCAUCGCAACCAUGUCUGAAGAAAACUCGCAGCCCCCAGACACCAACAUGGAGGUCAACGACGAACUCGACCACGCGGUGGAUGACGAGAUCAAGCAAGACGCGACACAACUGGAAGCCGACGCCAUGAACCUCGACGGCGCAAACGAUGCCGAACCCGCGACAGUCAACGGUGUAACAGACUCGGCCGCCGCGUUUGAAGCGCGCAUACCAGCGAAGAAGGAUGCGACGUUGCGCGAGUUCCUUGGCAAGAUGGAUGAUUAUGCGCCUAUCAUACCCGAUGCAGUGACCAACUACUACCUGACCCGCGCCGGUCUGCCACCGCCACCCCAGACAUCACAACAUCUUGCACGUCUACUCGCUCUGGCGACACAGAAAUUCAUCGCCGACAUUGCGGCCGACGCCUACCAAUUCUCUCGCAUCAGGUCGUCCAACACCACGAGUAACAACCCCAUGGGUGGCGCAGGAGGAGCCCCGGCAGCAGCUGCACCUGGUGGUGCGCCUGGUGGAAAGGACAGCGGCUCAAAGACCAAGGACUACAACCUUGGCAUCCAGCGACCAGGAUAUGGUGGUGGAGGUCAAGGUGGCAGUCAAGGCCGAACCGUGCUCACUAUGGAGGAUCUGGGCAUGGCAGUAGGCGAAUACGGAGUCAACAUCAAACGUGGCGAGUUCUACCGUUAAGUCCACUGGUUUUGCUUAGGCAGCACUACAUGAAAGCUGGUUCAUGACGGGAUGUGGCAAUUUGGGAUAUCGACAUGCAUUUUAGGCGUUUGGAACCGGCAUCACAGGCGCAGGGUACUUGGCCAUUGGGAAGAUUGAGGCAUCUGGCCCACAAGCAGAGGGCUCCAUCAUAUUUGUACAAUAGCAGUACAGAAUGGCUUCUAGAUAAACCAAAAUGAUACCCAAACUCCCAU